AUGGCGGGCUUCAACGAAACCUCCUCCCCCUUCAUCAAGCGCCUCGCCGUCCCGGGCUCCUGCGCGCUGAUGGCCUUCCUCGCCUACUCCUCCCAGCUCCUCUUCUACCUCGCCGACGACUCCCUCGCUCCCGGUCGCCUCACCCGCUCCGAGACGUACGUCUUCAACGCCCUCCUCUUGUGCCAAUGGUACACGUACUAUAAGUCUUGCACCGUCGAUCCGGGCCGCUACUCCUUUCCUGACUCCGUCAUCGAGGUCCCCGAGCCGGAUGAGUACGGCCUCGUGAGGCGGUGGUGCAAGAAGUGCUCCGCGCCGAAACCCCCGCGCGCGCAUCACUGCCGGCACUGCGCGCGCUGCGUCCCUCGAAUGGACCACCACUGCCCUUGGACGGGAAACUGUACCUCUCUAACGACCUUCCCCCACUUCCUCCGCUUCCUCGCCUACACAAAUUUCUCCCUCUGGUACCUCGCCCGCAUCCUCUACCUACGCUUCGCCGCCAUCUGGGACAACCGUCUGCUGCCCUCCUACUUGGGCCCUUCCCUACCUGUCCUCGUUCACCUGACCCUCUGCUCCCUCAUCUGCUUCUUCAGCUCCCUCGCCCUCGGCAUCCUCUUCUUUUCGACCGUCCGCAGCUGGGUCCUCAACGAGACCAUGAUUGAGGGCUGGGAGGUCGACCGCCACGCGGCCGUCUGCGACCGGAACCGCAAGGAUGCGGGGGAGUUUUGGUCCAUAACGGGUCCCGACGGGAAAAGGCUGCGGCUGGAAAAGGUGGAGUUUCCCUAUGACAUCGGUAUCUAUGCGAACCUGUCUCAGGCAAUGGGCACCUCGAACCCGCUGCUGUGGCUUUUCCCCUUUGCCGGGAACCCGCGCGUGAGCAAGGACGGCAGGGGCGUGGGCUGGGAGUGGCCGGAGAACGGUCUGAAUCAUAAAGAAGGCAUGUGGCCGCCGCCAGAUCCAGAUAAAGUGCGACGUUCCGCCCAAGGAGGUUGGCCCUCGAUUCGAGACCCAGAAAGCAUGGUGGUGCCAAGAUACGGGAGCAAGGAAGAAGAACUAGAGGCCUUCAAGACGCGGCAAGAUGCGGAUCGGCGGCGGCGGCAGAGUAGCCGUUCACGAAUGAUGGAAGAGUUAGAGGAGGUGGAUGGCUAUGAUAUGAUAGACAGUGACUCUGACGAUAGCUAUGCAGAGGGCGCAGAUGGGGAACCCGGUUGGACCAACGCGGACGGCGAGCGGUUACAGGACUUUGGCGUAGACGAGGACGAGGAUAUGACUGACGAUGACGAGGAUGUACCUCUAGCGGAGCUAUUACGUCGCAGGAAAGUCUUGCAAAAGGAUGGAGAGGAGUGA